AUGGCACAAAGGUCCAACCCAUUAUCAUGUAUACUAUAUGACAAUAGGCUCACCGGACCUAACUUUUCUGAUUGGCUAAGGAAUUUGAGAAUUGUUCUUAAUCUUGAGCAUAUAGGAUAUGUUCUUGAUUCUAAGAUUCCUAGUGCACUACCACCUGAGGCCACAAAAAAAGAACAUGACACUUUGAGAAAGUGGCAUGAAGAUGACAUGCAAGCCAAGUGCUAUAUGCUUGCUUCAAUGACUAAUCAGUUACAGAAGCAGCAUGAGAAAAUGCAAACAUCAUUUGAAAUACUGAGUCACCUUCAAGAGUUAUUUGGCAAUACGCCUGGUAGGAAGGGAAAGGAAGUGGCACUUAUUGCUUCUUCUUCUUCUGGUAAGACUAAGAAGAAGAAGAAAAGUAAUAAGAAGAAGUCGUCUUUUGCCCCUAGCCCUUCUGGUAGAGUGGGCAAAAAGAGCUAA